AAAAUUACAAUGUCGAUUAUAUUGAAAUUGUUUAUUAUAACUAAUACACUAAUAUCACUAUCUAGUGGUCAGUUAGAAAAUUUUCGACAACAACUAAUUGAUGUCCAAAAAUGGCAACACUUUGAUGUACACAAAAAUUAUACAAAUAUUGAUGAUGUGAUCAGUGAUGCCCGUAAAGAGUUGCAGUUAUUGUUGACCAACCAAUCGAUUCCCGGAGCUGUAGUGGCGUUCAGUAUUAAAGGCAAAACUGUUUGGUCCGAGAGUUUCGGUUUGGCUGACAUUGAAAACAAUGUAACCACACAUGUGGACAGUAUGUGGAGAUUGUGUAGUAUUAGUAAAGCUAUUACAUCAGUACUGGUCGGUCAGCUAUUAGAGAAAAAAUUGCUGGAUUUAGAUAAACCUAUUGACAACUAUUUGCCGCUCAGUUUGUUUCCUAUACAUCGAUACAAUGGUACUGAUUAUAAGCUAACACUUAGACAAUUGAUGUCACAUACGGCUGGCCUACAUGUGUCGGAUGUAUCCAAAGAUUUUCAAAAGUUUUUUAAAGCAACAAAUAUAACACAAAUGAUUAGAUUGUUUAAUAACGAACCGUUACUUUAUAAACCGGGAACCGAUUGGCGAUACUCUAAUUAUGGCAUACAAUUGGUCGGUGCUAUCAUUGAGUCAAUACUCGAAACUAAUUUUGUCGAUGAAAUGCAUAAACUGUUUGCUAAAAUUGGUUUGAAUUCAACUGUUAUGGAAUUACAUGAAAAUCUAGUCAAACAUAGACCCAGAUAUUACACGGCAUUACCUGAUAAGCCAACUGUACUACAAAAUAGCGAUCUGACUGAUGAUGUUUGGUUUUAUGAGGGCUAUUGGCCAUCGGGUGGUAUACUAUCAACUGUUACCGAUAUGUUAAGGUUUGGCAAUUUAAUGAUUGAUGCCUAUCACGGAACUGAUCAAUCAAUAGUUAGUCAAUUGACAAUCAAAGAGUUAUGGAAACCCGAAACUGUUAGCAUAAUUAUACCACAACUUCAUUUUGAUUAUGGAAAACAAUGGAUGAUUUAUAAAAUGAAUUCAAGCUAUCCGUAUAAACUGGUUGUAGGACAUGCCGGCGGUAUUAUGGGUACAUCAACACAGUUAACACUGUUUCCCAAUGAAUACAUUGUCGGUACAGUGUUUACCAAUAAAGGCUAUGUCACUGUAUUGCCUGACUUUAUUGCACGGGUAGCGGAAAAAUUGAAAAACUUUAUUUAA